CCCCUCUGCAUCCCCCACCUUGUACCACGCCGCACGGGCGCCAACGUCAAGCGCUUUCGAGACGUAAAGGCCGACACUCGCGUCGCGCAUCUCGGCCCGACGACGUCGAACGGUAACGCAGGGACACACGUGUGUGUGUGGUUGAGGUGUUCUGAGGCGAUCAGGCACCCCCCCAGAGCGAACGGAUCACGGUUUCCGUGGACCACGCGAGUUCUCGACAAUCGACGGCCGAGACCUUUUUUUUUUUUUACGAGAUUGCGUCUCGACAUCGCGCUCGAUCUGGAUUUUCGUCGUUAAACCGCGCGUCGCGAAUCGUUUCCGACACGUGCUUCGCGCGAUAAUCAUUAUGUGCAUAUCGCGAAGGGAAAAAGGGUGAAGUGUUUAGAUAAAUAUUUGUAAGUGAAAAAAAAAAGGGAAAAAGAAAUUCGUAAUUUGCCUCGCGACCCGACAGGUUUCUCGAUGCACCCUUUGUUAGGGGGUGAAUGUUGCACGUGGUGGAAAGUCGACGAUUUCUGACAACAGCCCCGCGGUGAGCACAAGGAGUUGCACACGUCAGUUAACAAGUGAAAAAAGAAGGUUCCAUCGUUGACGAGUGAUCUCGCCAAGAUCGUCAGGAUCAUGAAGAAAUUGUAUUUCAUCUUUACAUGCCUGCUGGGCGUCGUCGUGAGCGACAACAGCACGAUCGGCGGCGGCGGCGAUCAUUCGAUCACCGAGGACACUUCCGAGAUCAGCAAUACCGGCAACAAUCUCGCGGUCGAUGCCAUAGAUCAGAACGCUGGUUGGGGCGAGUGGUCACCAUGGUCGAAGUGGUCGCCAUGUACAAGGACGUGCGGUGGCGGAAUCUCGCGCCAACAGCGUCGAUGCAGACGUAGAUCGUGCAAGGGGAAAAUCUGGACUACCAGAUACAAAAUCUGCAAUCCGGAGCCCUGUGAGAAAUCGGACGAUUUUCGCGCGGUACAAUGCGCCGCCUUCAACAAUGUGCCAUACAGCGGGCAACUUCUCAAAUGGUACCCCCAUUACGACCCAGCUAGGCCGUGCGCUUUGAUCUGCCGCGGUGAACAGACCCUUGAGAACGGCGUUAGACGAUCGCGGCAGGAAGUGCCGUCGGGCGAGAAGACGAUGCCGCGCGAUUCCACGGAUAGCCUGCAAUUCGACAGCGACGAGACAAUAGUGGUGCAACUAGCGGAUAAGGUGGAAGACGGCACGAGAUGUUACGCAGAGAGCACGGACGUGUGCAUUGGCGGCGAGUGCAUGAAGGUUGGUUGCGACCUUCGAGUUGGUAGUAACAAGAACACAGAUGCGUGUGGCGUGUGCGGAGGGAACGGAUCAAGCUGUCAAUCGCGAUACUCCUGGAGUUUGGAAUCGAUAUCCGCCUGUUCCAAGUCCUGCGGUGGAGGUUUCAAGAUGGGGAUGGCGGUGUGCAAAUCGGCCGACGAGAGCGUCGUGGAGGACAGCUAUUGCGAUGCAAACAGCAGACCUUCGGUGAAAUCCUUAAUGCCGUGCAACACGCACCCCUGCACAACGAAAUGGAUGAGCGGGGAGUGGAGUGCGUGCAGCGCGAGCUGCGGCGGCGGUUCGCGAACGCGGUCCGUCUUCUGCACCGAGGAGAACGGAAACGAAACCACAAAGCUACCUGAUCACAAGUGUAGUGGCACGCACAAACCGCGUACUCAGGAGACCUGCAACACCGUGUCCUGUCCGAUGUGGGAGACCGAUAAAUGGAGCGAGUGCUCCGUGACCUGUGGCACCGGAAUACGUACGAGGACGAUCGAAUGCAGAGACGGUGUUGGUGCCAUCUCCAGGGACUGCGACCCCGCGGAACGCCCUCAUACCGAGCAGGAAUGCAAGACGAACGUCGCAUGUCCCACAUAUGGAGAUGGUAUGACGCAGCCCCUAGUGCAACCUUAUCCGCUAUCCCCAGUGUCAGAGAAAUUGAUGGACCAACCGAUACCUUCCGAAUCGACGUUUAUCGCCGAGGAAUGGUCGCCCUGCAGCGUCACCUGCGGCGAAGGCGUUAGGCACAGGGAGGUACGCUGCAAGAUAUUUCUCGAGUUCAGCCGAACCAUCGCCAAGCUACCGGACAGCCAGUGCUCCGGUCCGAAGCCGGUCGAAACGGAGAAGUGCACGAUGGAGCCGUGCGGCCUGCUGGAGAACAGCCUGUCCUAUAGGAUCGACACGGUCGGCGACAGCGGAUACGCCGAGCCAAGCCUGACGGAUUCGUACAGUAGAUCAUCGUCCGGUAGUUCCGGCGGAAGCGGCUAUGACAGCGGUAUCAAGGUCGCCCCGGGUAGCGACGUGCAAACUACAUACUCGUGGAAGGAAACUGGCUACACCCCCUGCAGCGCGACUUGCUUAGGAGGUGUUCAAGAUCUUAUUAUAAACUGCGUGCGGGAUGACAACGGGAAAACGGUAAUGCCGCUUUUAUGCUCUACGGAAACGAAGCCGGAGGCGAGGAUACGAGUCUGUAACGACCAUCCGUGUCCUCCGAGGUGGAAUUAUAGCGAAUUCUCCACUUGCAUGAGCCCUUGCGGUAUUGGUAUACAGACACGUGACGUUACCUGUAUCCACGAGGUGACACACGGCACCGGCAAAGCAGUGCCCGUUCCAAAUUACAUGUGUCCGCAGCCACCGCCCGCCGACAGACGAUACUGCAAUGUACUGGAUUGUCCUGUCAAAUGGAGCACGGGGGAAUGGGGGAAGUGCUCGCGAACAUGCGGCGGCGGUGUGAAGAAGCGAGAUGUGGUUUGCGAACAGAUAAUGGCACAAGGUCGCAAGCAGAGCCGCGAGGAACGAGAAUGCCCGCCUCAAAAGCCAACUAGCGAGAAACCCUGUAACACCAGACCCUGUCACGACUCGGACUCGAGCUCUAGCGUGCCGCCUAUCAUCACUAGCUUAAACACGACGUACAAUCAAACGGAUAUUAAUGCGAAGGUGGAUUUGAAAAUUGGCGGAAUUGCCAGGAUUUUUCAAGGGACACCUUCCAUCAAACUUCGCUGUCCCGUUCGAAAGUUUGACAAAGCGCAGAUCGUAUGGAAAAAAGACAACAAGGAUGUACGGAAAUCGAGAAAAUACAAGAUCAGCAGGAAGGGAGCUUUGAAGAUAAUCGAUAUAGUUUCCUCGGACUCGGGAGUUUACGCUUGUAUUGCGGGAAAUUCGCAUGCGGAGACGCAGUUGAUAGUGAAAUUUCGUUCCAAAGAGCAGAUAAGUAGCGAGGAAUAUUUACGACUCGGCAAUUCCGUUCACCUACAACGAAACGCGAAUCUGGACUCCGCACCGGCGAAUUCUGGCGAAAGUCCAUAUCCUGAUCACGCAGCAGCCUACGGAAACCGUUUUGAUAGUGAGGACCUCAGUCAUGAACGUUCGUUUCUGAGCAAAUCAACGAGAAAGCCACAUCAAAAGAAGCAGAAGACCAGUCCCACUCCGUCAGAAGCCACGAUGAUGCACAAGGAACAAACUGUUACUUCCCUCAACCAGCCGGGAUAUCACGAAUCCAUGGAAUUACCUGCUUCGUCAAGUGCUUCUACUCUUGUGCCGCACUUAAGCUACUUGAUAUCAGGCUUGAAGGCCUAUUGGCCGUUUCACAGCGAAAUAGCUACUGAUAAUCGCAAAACCAUUUCCACACCAUUUAUCGAGGAUGGACACAAAAGGACUGCGACAACGAAGCGUAGAAUGUCUAACAGAGAAACCGACUUCACGUAUCAAAGUGUAGAGAAUAGCUUUGACAAUCUGUACCGUAACACAAUCAUCCCAGACGAAACCUUCGGUCCGGACGAGGAGCGGAUAUUUAUCGAUGUCGAUCCGUACGAUCUGGACGAAUCUCUCUUCGGGCUACAGCAUGGAGACACCGUCAAGUCGGAUACAAUAGAGAAAGUUGAUACCGAGCUCACCACUAAGGCCGAUAUCGAUUAUAUCGAGCAGUCGUUAAAAAAUGUGAAACGACAAUGGCAAGAGUCGAGAAACGAACACCGAGAUCAGUGGAGCACUACAGCCAAAAGUCACGUUCAGAGCAGAGCCACGACGGAAUCUAUCACGUCUCUACAAAACGGCGGAAUGGACGUGCAUUAUGUUGAAGACACGAGCACAAAAAAGGAAAUACUCAAGGAGGCAGGCAGUUUUACCGACGAUAGUGAUAAGUCCAUCAAUCAUGGCGUUUAUGGGAACUUGAGAACUGAAGAUCCAUCGACCGUCGCCUCGACAAUGAUGUCUAGAAGUCUCGAAGAUCGAUUAAGGAUACCGGAGUCGGAUCAUCGUAGUUUGAGCCACGCGAACAGGACAAUCGAAUACAGCGAUGCGUUUGAGGAGGAAUUGGAUAACCGGAAAAUGGUGCCGUAUGUGGAAAAUCAUACGACGGAUUAUACAAUCGCGCGAUUUCCGACUACUAGAGACCUGGAAAAUAGAGCGAGGGAGAACUCGACGUUGAUAGAUGAUCGGAGGUCGAGCGUUACUGGGGAGAAUGCUGACGAGAACGUAAGAAACUUAUCUCGCAAUCGAGAGGAUCACGCCAGCUCCGUAGAAAAGGCCUUCUCAGUUAAUCUAAAAAAAGUGUUUAGAGAGGGGCAACGUUCAACCGAUGAAGAUAAGCCCGCGAACGUUUUGACCUCGACUAUAACAGGAGCGGACGACACGACGAAGGAUUCCGCUACAGAAUCGCUUGCUGCAUUAGCUGCGGAUAAUGUUCUGGUGUUCGAGUGGGUUACGACCGAUUGGUCGAAGUGUUCUCAGACAUGCGGAGGAAGUGGAUUUCAGAUGCGAGGUGCACAGUGUACAGUACGAUCGACGAAAACGGACGGCAACUCGACGCGCGUUACGCCAAGGACGGUUAUCGGUCAGACGCUGUGUGAGGACGCCGGAUAUCCGGUACCGCAGAAGGUGAGACCCUGUGGAACGGGCAAGUGUCCUCAAUGGCACACCACGGAAUGGACUCCGUGCGAAACAUCCAGAUGCUUCAAUUGGAAGACGGCGAUGCAGAAGCGGGACAUUAGCUGUCGUUUGGUGAACGACAGUGAUGAUGGCCAUGAGAACGUCACGCUGUUGGACGCGAGCAAGUGCGACGAGGCCACAAGGCCGCUACAAAGACAAGAAUGCUACAACGACGCCUGCAAAGGUGUCUGGAGGGUCGGCGAAUGGACGGAGUGCACCGCGUCUUGCGAAGAAGAUGGUAUCAAGUAUAGAAUUUUACAAUGCGUCUGGUUCGGCACGAAGAAGCCGGCAGGAAACGCCUGUAGAGAUAUACCACGACCUCCUGUAAUGAAAACAUGCAGGGGUCCGCCUUGUCCUCAGUCUACCACAUUUGCAGAAGAUUGCAAGGACCAUUCGCAACUAUGUAGCAGAGUGAAAACAAUGAACAUAUGUAAGGUGCCGCUGUACAAGAAACAGUGCUGCGCAUCGUGUCGCUAGAUAUUCGAGAUAUUGAUUGUGACUCAUUGUAAGAAUUAGACAAAAUGAGCGAUAAUGAAGAGUGCGCGUGAGUGUAAAUCGUGAUUAGUCGGACAAUUACUUCGUGACAUAUAUAAACGCACCCGGGAUGCCUGUUGUUAGCAAAUUACGUAACGCACGCGGAAAGAGCGUGCUCACUGUGGAAUAAAAUUGCACAGUAUUAUACAAUGUCCGAUUUAUAGAUAAAAAAAAUUAUCCGAAAAAGGAGUUGACCAAACUACUUCGCUAUAAUAGUCUCUCAUCGUAUCGUCGCGAGAGCCGGUUCACACCUCCUCGCUUCGAACAAUUUCUCGUGUAACGAAGAAAACCCGCCAAUCUUAACAGUUUCUAAUUAAUUAAAUUAUAAUUUUCUAAUGUAUGUCACGUAUAAAUUGGCGCAAUUUCUAUUAAUUGCGCACGCUCAUAUUGCCCAUAGUUAAAAAGGAAAGAGGAAGGAAAAUGUGGAAAUCCGGCAUUUCGUCCAAAAGAGUUAAAAGCGUUAUAUUGUUAUAGAGUUUGAUAGGAGGAAGGGGAGUAGAAAUUUAUUGCUAUGUCCUGGGAAGAGAUCGUUAUUGCGACAUACCGUUGAAAUCGACACGUUAUUAAAUGUUGUCAGUGUUGGUGCUUUAAGUCGCACGGAAAAUGGCUUUAAACAGAAUGAUAUUUAAAUUUUAAUAAAAUUCUGGAAAGUUAGGAAAGAUAUGUCGUUUGUGUCGCGAAGCACAUUAAACAUUUUUUCUUGACGCUUGUUUUUUAUAUCUAUUUCCUAUUGCAUGAUAAAACUGUUUAUUUAUCUUUAAAGCGAAAGAAAUUCAUCCUUUUAAGACUGAAACGCUCUUCGGAUAUCAUUAUUCUUGGGCAUUAAGAUAAAGUUUUGUUACGUUUUUUACAAAAAAUCAUUUGACAUUCCAUUAUAAACAGAAAGAAAUUAUCUUUGUUUUAUGUAAACGUAUAUUUAUUGAUGUUAUCUCUCCCUCUCUCCUUUAUGUUUAUAGAUUCCGAUAAAUUAUUAUGAAAAUGUAAAAUAUAAAGUUAUUUAAGAAAAUAUAAGUUAUCGAUAAAUUAUUGCGCGCCUAUAAGUGUCCCGUCGGACGAUCUUAAGCCAAUAGAUAUCCAAUAAGCAAUAAAAAAAGUAUAUAAGUAUUGUAAUAUAAUAUUUUGUUAAUAAUCUCUGGCGAAAAUUCGUGAACAUGACCAUUCCGUUAUUGGUUAAAGGGCCCGACUUUACUUAUGUGCCUCUAAUCACUUCUCACACUACCUAGACAUUACUAGUAUCUAGUUAUGAAUAUAUUCAUUUAUCGCGUAUUCACUCGUAGAACUCUUCAUAGAAUUCGAUGUUUUCAAGAACGAAUCCCUCGCGCAAACGUUGAUUAAGUACGUGAAAUGUAAUGAUUAAGUACGUGAAAUGUAAUGAGGAUUUGGCCCCCCUUAUAUACAUAAUUAAUCAUAUUAAACAUUUAAUUACGUCAUAGGCGCUGCCGGAAUCCUUCGUAGGAGACGCACAGCAGCGGGAAUAUUUUUAAAAGUUUAUUAAAAAGUAAUAUAUAUAAAUAUCUCUAACUCUUGAUUGUAUAGUCAGUAUAUACGGAUGACAGAUUAUUAUAUAAAUGUGCGAAAUGUGCAUUUCGCUGCAUUUCACACCUACGGGGUGCGGCGCCUAUGUGAGUUAUAUGUCAAUAUGGUUUGAUAAGAUUGUGAACAGAUUUUCGCUAUCAACGAAUUUGCCUCGACACAGCUAAGCGGUUUGCCAAAAACGAGCUGACGUAAUUGAAAAAGUAAAUAUAAAAUAGAGUACUAUUAAAGACAAAAGAAAUAAAAAGGUAUAUUACGAGCUAUCAUAAAUUAUUGAGAUGCACGCAUAUAAAUACUUUAUAUGUUGGUAUGAGAAAAACUACAAAAUAUACGAUGAAUAUACUGGACGCAUCGAAAGCCGAUUUACUUUCCUCAGUUUCAUUCCUUAAUUGAGGGAAGAUAUACGCGGUUUUCAAUUCAUCCUAUAUAUGAUUACAGCUAGCAAAUAGUAUAAUAUGUAACUGCCAUCGGCGAGUCCUGUAUACUGUGUCACACAUUUUAGUAAGUAUUUAAUCAAUACUUACUUUGUAUAAUGAUACGACUCCGGCGUGUUACCAAUCAGUGCGAUAUCAAGAAAUAAGUUAUUUUCCGAUUAAUCAACGUGAUAACACAAUUCUUGAAAGGGAGACGAGUUCCGACACGUACGAUUUUUGUAUAUAUCACGAUGUAGGUAUGUAAAAUGGCUCCACACUUAGUACUGUACGUAAGCAUUACUGUUCAUGAUAUCUAUGUAAAUAUGUAACUGCCUAAAUGCGAAUAAAACAAGAGAAUAUAUCACUGCACAA